GUUCUGUGGAGAUCGUUCAACAACUGAACACUAAAACUUUUCCACUUCGCCUCGUUUGUUGUGACGCACUUAUUUCUGCGCAUCCUCAGUCCAACCUACCAAACGUCACUCUAACGCCACGUCCUCAAAGACACGGAAGAGUUUGAACCAGCAGCUUUAACUUUAUUUAAACCUUAAAUGUAAUCUGAUGUGUUCAGGUUUAACCUCAGGUUCAGUUAUUGAGUGAAAACACCAACAGACUCAGACAUUUAGAACAAACUAAGAGUCAGAUCAGCAGAAACAGAGAACACGGACAUGUCUGCUGUAACUGCGUCACUCUGCUCCACGCUGAUGUUUGUCCUGUUCGUCUCUGCAGACCAGAAAAACAUCACAGCUGAGUCUGGACAGGACGUCACUCUGACAUGUCGAGCUCCAAACAACAACAUUAGAGCUGUAGAGUGGAGCAGAGCUGACCUGAGAGAUGAAUAUGUGCUUUUGUACCGGGAUGGACGAUUUGAACCAGACGACCAGCAUCAAUCUUUUAAGAACCGGGUGGAUCUGCAGGACAGACAGAUGAAGGAUGGAGACGUGUCUUUGAUUCUGAUGAAUGUGACGAUUAAUGACACUGGAACAUACGAGUGUGGUGUCGUCCAGAAAGAAGGUUUAAAGCUCAUCAACAGCACCUACCUUCAUGUUGUUCCUCCAGGUCAGACAGGAGGACAAGAGAAGGAUGAAGACAAAGAGAAGAAGGAGGAUGGAUCUGUUGGACUGAUUGCUGGUCUGAUAGUUUCUUCUGUUCUUCUUGUUGCUGCUGUUGUUGGAUUUUUGAUCUACAGAAAAUAUAAACAACAGCAGAGUGAGGAAACAAGCCAGCCUCCUGUUGAGCUGCAGCAGGCUGAAAUGUCUCAGAGUUCUUCCAACUUUGAGUCUGCUGCUGCUGUUCAGAGUUCUGGGUGUUGUCAGUGUUUAAAAUCCUGCAGAAACAGAUGAACUGAGCACAGACAGCAGGCCCACAGUGCUGUAGGUUUAUUUCAUUUUUAUCUUUAAUGGCUGCUUCUGUUUCUGCUGACAGCUCAUCUCAGUGGACGACUUUCAUCUUUAAAACAAGUCUUUACAUUUCAGCUCUGUAGUUCACUGGAACAUCCAGAGGGCUGUGACUACAAAUCAGCUCCAACACAGUCAGACUUUCUUUGUGUUAGCUGGCUCAACUAAACCUGAAACUGCAGUCAGAGACAGCAGGUAUCACCAUGGUGAUUAUCAGCUUCCUCUGUUACCCUGCCUCUCUGCUUCAGGCUCUGAGCACGCUCAGAUGAAAAGGAGCGUUUCAUGUGUCAUGUGACUUUUCUUCUACACAAAAUGAUCCCUGUGAGCGCCACUCAGUCCAAUCAGAGACAUUACUCAUUGAUAACUUCACUAAUGUCUCCACUAAAUGAAUACAGGUACAUUGUGACAGUGUGAUGUGCAGUUUAGCUUCAUUCAGUGGUUUCAGUAAGUUACAGUUUAACAAGCUGCACAUAUAAAACAUUUCAUCCAGCAGAGGAUCUGCAUCACAGUGAAAACGUGGCUCUAACAGCUGAUUUAAAAACAAAACUCUGAACAUGACCUGCUCCUGACCAGGUGAUGUUUCACCAUCAGUUACCAUGGUGAUUUAGCCUCUUUCUGACACAGAAAGCUCUGACUUUGAGUGUGACACAGCUCACUGAGACAUUAGUCUGGUUUUGUUGUGCUCUGAGGUUCAGUUUUUCAAAAUUAGAAAAUCUCAAAGUAAAACACUUUAAAACUCUACAACUGCUGUCAGCAAAAAUAACUUUUAACUCUUCAAACAAAUGAAAUCAACACUUGAACAUUUUUCACUUUGAUGGUUUUGUUCCACUGACUGUAGUUACAUCAUUUUGAGCUCAGAUUACACAUUUAUGAAAUAUGUUCACAACUUAAUCUGAUGUGUGAUUUCAGUUUCUCUUUAUCUUUGUGAGCUUUAUGGUUUGUUUGCCCUCAGUAUCCAUGAACAGUGUCACAGACCUGGGAUCAGUGUUUUUGUUUAUAAGAUCAAAUAUGACCUCAUCAUGUGAGUUUAAGCUUUGGACCACAAAACUUCAACAACACUAAUCCUCAAUCAGCUGUUUCACUAAAAUACAUCCAAGUAUAAACUGAUCCCAUCGUUCAUGCAUCAAUUUGUAGCUGACAGAUGGUUGCCUAGGUAACCCUCUAAUGUAUUUACUGCUGGUACAUUCAUCACUCAGCAGUACGAUUUAAUCUGAUUGGUUGUCACUUCAAUAGUUCUCAAGUUAAGAAAAGUUUACCUCGGUACUCGCUCACUUCAAAUCACUGA